CCGAAGCAGUUCCUUCCGAUCCAGCGCCAAAAUAACACGACGAUGUCUGCAGUCAGUUCCCCGUCGCCGGCCGACCUGAGAAAACAACAAGAAGAAGAAGAAGAGGAAGUAAAGAGGAGGAUACGACGCGCGCUGUGGAACAUAGGCACGUCGUGGCCCCUCAAGGCCGGGAUCAAGUUCCCGAUCAGCCGCGUCGGCCGGUACCUCCGGCAGGGCCGCUAUGCGCCUCGCGUCGCGGCGCUGGCCCCCGUCUUCCUCGCCGCCGUCCUCGAGUACCUCGUCGCCGAGGUCCUGGAGAUGGCCGGCAACGCCGCCAAGGCCAACAAGAAGAAGCUCAUCACCCCUCGCCACCUGCUUCUCGCCAUCCGCAACGACAGCGACUUCAGCAGGCUGCUCGCCGGCGUCAGCAUCGCCCAGGGCGGCGUCGUACCCUACAUCAACCCCGUGCUGCUCCCCAAGAACAACAAGACCGCCCACAAGGCCGGCAAGUUCAAGUCCUCCACAAGUUAAACAAGGCCGCCGCCGAGGAGUAGCUAGUACGCUGCAUGCAUGCAUCUAGUACGUGUUGCCGAGUUGCGUCCUGUAUCUACUACAUGUAUCUAAUGGUUGAAGGUUCAUGCAUGCUUUCUCUUGUCUGUCGGUAGUGUCCUUCUCAUUCUCGGUAGUAUACAUAUGUAAUAGUUCAUGGUUUCUGUUCAUCCUGUACUCCUGUA